CGCAGCGGCCGCGCGCGCGCGCACAGCGGCUGGGGCGGAGCGGGCUCCGGGGCCGACAUGGCGGCGCCGCGGCCCUGCGCCGACGGUCCCUGCUGCUCUUGGCCGGGUACGGCGUCCGGCGUGCAGCAGACGCUGGACGAGAUGGACUUCGACAGGGGAAUCUGGUCGGCGGCCCUGAAUGGAGACCUAGGCCGAGUAAAAUAUUUCAUCCAGAAGGCAACAGACCCUAGCCAGCCCGACUCGGCUGGCUACACUGCUCUGCACUAUGCCAGCCGCAACGGGCACUAUGCUGUAUGCCAGUUCCUGCUGGAAAGCGGGGCUAAGUGUGAUGCCCAGACCCAUGGGGGCGCCACCGCUCUGCACCGGGCCAGCUAUUGUGGGCACACCGAAAUUGCACGGCUCCUGCUGUCUCACGGGUCCAACCCAAGGUUGGUGGAUGACGAUGGCAUGACCAGUCUGCAUAAGGCUGCUGAGAAGGGUCAUGUGGACAUUUGCUCCCUGCUCUUGGAACACAGCCCAGCCCUGAAGGCUGUCCGGGAUCGGAAGGCACGACUAGCAUGUGACCUGCUGCCCUGCAACAGUGACCUGUGGGACCUGCUGGCCACCUGACCUGCCACCUUUCUGUCGCAGGCUGCCAUGCAAGAGGACACAGACUAGCCCUCCCAGCCCCUCUUUGUUCCACAUCCGUGCUGCAGGGUGGGAACCUGAGGCCUGAAGAGCCCCAUUCUGGCCACUGUGGGAGCGAGGGAGUAGAUGUGGGGCUGCAAGUGCUUAAGCCUGGACAGAUGAUCAUAUUCUAAAUUCGUUCAUGUGGAAACAUCUAUCCGUUUAGAAAAAAUAAAGUUGUAUCCUUACCUCAUCCCAUGCACAAAAAUAAGUUUCAAGUAGAUUAAAGACCUAAGUAUAAAAACAGAGCUAUGUAAGUAUUAGAAGAAACGGUGGGACAUACGACAGAUUGAAAGCUGCUUUCUAGCUGAAUGGCCUUGGGAAAGGUCACUUUGCCCAUCUGCUUCCUCUGUGAGGUGAGUUGGUUAUAACAGGGCCUGCCUCAGAGGCCUCGCGGAGGUUAAGUGAGCGAAUAUAUGGAGGGCACCAGAGUGUGCCAGGCACCUUGCAGACAGUGUGUCAGAGCACCCAUUCCUCAGUUUUCUUCCAUUUUAACAACCCGAUAGGUGAGCAAGUGCUGUUGCUCUGUUGUGCACUUCUAAUGACCACUUGUCUUCUUGGAACUUCUGUGCACACCUGUGGCCUAUUAAAGAUUUUCUUCCUUUUAUUGAUUCAUAGGA